GUGUGUGUGUAUAUAUAAUUUACGGUACAGAUCAUACAGACCAAUAUAGUACACAUUAUCAACAUUAAGCAAAAUGAGCAACGAAGAGGAUAUAGAUGAUAUUACAAGGCGGCUGGAAAAGUUUAAUCCAAAUUUCUUUCAACGAUCACCAUCGUCCGAAACUGUGAAAUCAAGUUUUCGUGAACACCAAAUUACAAAUGCGACAAAUCAAGAGUCAGAAUCAAUAGAACCAAACAAAAACGAAAGCGGGACUUCAGAGGCAUGCAUACAAUGCAUAACGCCAAUUCCAGCUCUUGUAUGGAAAGACAUAUGUCCAGGGGACCAUAUUAUCUUUGCAGGUAGAAUAUACGACCAUCACGCUAUAGUAGUUCACAAGUAUCCAAUUAAUGAAACAGAUGAAAAUAGAGUCUGUCUUGAAUUGGUUCAUGCAACAAAUACAGCAACUAAGGCAUUCAUGGCUAGCUUCCAUCCAUUUGGGAAUAAAGCAAAGUUAAGAAAGGUGAAAGAAGACAUAGAUCUUACAAAAAGUAAAGUCAUGAUUUAUGUAUACCAGAAUACUAUUAAACACUUUAAUCCAGAUGAGAUAAUAAAAAGAGCCAUUGCUGAAGCAGAUGCAGAUGCAGAAGGAGGAAAAGGUGAAUUUAAGUAUGACCUUUUUGUAAAUAACUGUGAGCAUUUUGCCACCUGGUGCGUUACCGGUCAAACAUUAAGUUUACAAGUGAGAAAAGUCGGCAUGAUUGUGAAAAUGUUUUUUAGAAGCGGAUUUCGAGGAAUAAGCGACGAAAAUCAACGAAAUGAAAAAGAAUUUAAGAGUGGUAUGCUCUGUAAAACAUGCUAUGAAAGAAAUAAACAAUUACUUUGUGCAGAGAAAACGACAAUUCAGGAUAAAAAUCAUGUUCAAAUUGGAGAAAUUAUAAUGUAUAGCUAUUAUAAUUUGUGGCACUGUGCUGUCGUACUAGAAAUAAUUGAAACUACAGAAAAGGUGGUUCAGUGUAAAAUAGCGCACAAUGCUUUUUGUGGUUUUUGGAAGCAUCGAACAAUACAAGAGGAUCCACUGCCAAUCCCUUUGGAUGGUUCAAUGUUUGUGAUAACGUAUUCCGAGGAGUACAAUGUAUAUGAACCUCAGGAAGUUGUCAAACGAGCGCGUAGUAGAAUUGGAGAACAACUUUUUGCAUUCUUUUCAAAUGAUUCAAGUCAAUUUGCUCGAUGGUGUAAGCUGAAAUUACAUCGAGACGAGAAAAAUGUCACACGGACAACACGUAUUAGUUUCAAAACUUAACUUAAAACAUUUGAUAUCCUUAUCGUUAAAUGCUUCAUCAGCGACGAAUAUUUACAUACCUGAAAGAAUACUUAGAUUUUUUGACACUCACCAAAUUUUGUAAGCACACAGGAGCUAUAUUAUUUAUAAUCUUAAAAGUUUCUAGAGCCACUGUUCUAAUCCGUCUAAUCUGCAAGGAGGGCACCUUAGCUUUAAGUAAGAGGUCCUCGUAGGGGCUGGUAAAAUCCUCAUAUACAAAACGGCCAACUUUGUAUUAUUUCCCAUUACUGGAAUGCACAACAUAGAUUUCUCUCUUAUAUCUAAUCGGGAGUUAAACUGAGUGAUAAAACGUAUUGAAUUAAAGACUAAUUUAAUAUUAUUGUAGUAAUAACGAGAACGCCCGUUUUUUGUUUGUUUGUUUGUGAAUGACGUCUGCACAUACUAAAAGUGGAUGUUUGGUGAACGUAGACUGAUGGGACUAAGCUAUCUUGAUGUUUCAUAUAAGUUAUUGAGAUACACUCUAACGGUUGCCCAUUUUACUGAAAUCAAACAAAAACAAUAGCGAGACUUCAGAAACAUGUAUACAAUGCUUAACGCCAAUUCCAGCUUUUUUAUGGAAAGACAUUUUUCCAGGGGACCAUAUUAUCUUUGCAGGAAGAAUAUACGACCAUCACGCAAUAAUAAUUCACGAGUAUCCAAUUAAUGAAACAGAUGAAAAUAAAGUCUGUCUUGAAUUGGUUCAUGCAACAAAUACGGCAACUAAGGCAUUCAUGGCUAGCUUCCAUCCAUUUGCGAAUAAACCAAAGUUAAGAAAGGUGAAUGAAGACAUAGAUCUUACAAAACGUAAAUUCAUUCUGAAUAUAACAUUUACAAAUGUAGGCCGUUAGGGGUAAAAAAGAAAACUUCAAAUUUCAACUUUUAUGCAACACUACAUGUUUUAAAUAUAUAAAUGUGACACAACUGUGUAUUACCUGGAUAUGAAAUUAGAAUGCCCUAUAUAGCAUGCCGUUUUUUACAUCGGAUAACCGUGAGGGCAUUCCGGUGUAUUGCAGUCGCCUAGAUUUCCAUUACGUAACUUUCGUGUUGGGAUUGUAACCGAUCUAUAAACAUGAUAAAUACGCAGACAUUAUUGAAUGCAAAAUAACAUUCCUUAUCACUUGUUAUAAAUUCAUUUUUUCAAUGGAUACUCCUAAAAAUAUUUUUUUAGAACAUAAAUUAAUAAUAUGAAAAUG